UCCAGCAUUCUUAAAACGGAAACCUGUGUACCCGUUUAUAGUUAUUGUAAGGAGAUACAAAGUGACGUCAUUGGAAUACUGACGUCAUUCAAAUUCAAAAUUAGCUGUAUGAUUACAAUGCUUCACCAUACAUUAGCUGUAUGAUUACAAUGCUUCUUUUAUUAAAAUAAAAAACGGGUCUACUAACCUUGACCCCUGUCAUAUUUCUAUAACAGCAGAACGCUGUUUACAGCAGGCCUCGAAAUUCGGUGUUAAAAGGGCAGGCUAUAAUAGCCUUUAAAAAUCUAGGAAAUGAAGGGCACCAAGGCUAACCUAAAAGGCACAAAGGCUACGUUCAUACAUGUUCAAAGGGCACCAAGGCAGUAUUUUUUAGAAAGUCAAUUUAACCAGAAAAAAACUUUUAUCUGUAAUUCUGUUAAAUUGGUCAUUCAUCAAUAAAUCAAAGUAUUGUAGUGGUGUCAUUAAACAAAACAGUAUUUUAAUUUGUUGUGGUGUCCUUAAAGACAACUUUGGUGGAGAGAGAUUAUGACGUAUCUGGUCUCCUUGAACAAACACUGCUGCUGUUCCAUCUCAUUACAGCAGGUGUUUCAUCGAGUACCAGCAUGAAAAUUACUACUUUUGAUAUCUUCUUCCAGACAGUGAUAAUAUUAGACAUCUAUUUGAUUCACAGUAUGACUGUUUCUAUACCCAAGCGGGUGGGACUUCUAGGAAACAACAAUGUGUCUUUAGAGUGUGUCUAUACAAAGUCAGACUGUGAGACGUUCGUUAAACUGGCUUGGAGCAGGCAUCGGAUUGGCGACUUGUCGGCUGAUAUUCUUGCAAACGUGGACGAAAACUAUAAUGUGGCACUAACCAAUAAGGCUGACUAUUUAAAGAAGAGAACGGUGGUGAAGUUCGUUCCGGGUGUGUUCACCAUCACAUACAUGUAUGUUAGAUGUGAGGAUCAAGCUGCAUACCUAUGCAGCGUGUCAUGCAACGGUGAUUCAACUGCACCGUCCGCGAAAAUGGAUUUUCAAGUACUGACUAGGCCAAAACCAGAGUCAUCAUCACCACCAUCACCAUCAUCACCAAAUCUGUACAUAAUUGCAGGAAUAGUGCUUGUAGGCAUUGUCGUAUUUGUCUUGAUAGUAGCAGUGACCAUGUGUAUCAGGUCAAAGUCAAGAUCAAGUCUAAGGACAGAAAGUACGAUAUCUAAAGUGGAAGCCCAUAAAGUGAAAGGCCAUAAAGUGAAAGGCCACAAAGCGAAAGGCCACAAAGCGAAAGGCCAUUAAGUGAAAGGCCACCAUGCGAAAGGCCACAAAGAAAAAGGCCACCAAGGGAAAGACCACCAAGUGAAAGACCACGAUGCAAAAGACCAUGACGCGGAAGACCAUGACUCGGAAGACUAUGACGCAGAAGACCAUGAAGCGGAAGACCAUAUAUGAAUGAAUAAGCUGAUCAACGAAAUACUAGUAGAUGUAUUGCUGGAGCACAGGGUAGAAAUUAUCCCCAUUUCAAACAGCACGGAACGAGAGGCAGUCUGCAUGAAAACAUUGUGAUAUAUGUCAAUGACUAAUUAUCCCCAUUUCAAACAGCACGGGAAGAGAGGCAGUCUGCAUGAAAACAUUGUGAUAUGUGUCAAUGACUAACUAUCCCCAUGUCAAACAGCUCAGGAAGAGAGGCAGUCUGCAUAAAAACAUUGUGAUAUAUGUCAGUGAUUAAUUAUCCCAAUUUCAAACAGCACGGGAAGAGAAGCAGUCUGCAUGAAAACAUUGUGAUAUAUGUUAAUGAUUGUAGAAGUGUCACUUUAUCACCUACCACAAAUUGAUAUUUUUCUUUGAAAUCAUUUCAUUACUUGUAUUUCUUAGUGUUAUUGUUAUUGUUCAAUGUUUAUGAUGAAUAUGUUAUCAGGCAUCGAAAUAAGCAUUGUGUCUGGUAACCCAUUUACAGGUUACCACAAAAUAUAGUCUGGUAACCAAUAGGUUUCCACAACUAUAUGAAAGUUAGAAUUGAAUUCCUGUUACUACUACGCGGUCGUUCUGAAAUGGCGAACACCCAGAAAUUAUCUCCCCCUUAGAGGUCGCGUCGUCACUAUACACCCUAGAGUCUCGCUUUAAACAGCUCUUCGGUAGUGUGAUUUGAAGCCACUGGUCGUAUAAAAUUACUUGUCCACCUCUGUACGAACAGGAAAAGUGGUCAUAUUUCUUUCAGACGAUGAUGCAUUGCACAAAGAAUGUCUGGACUGCAUAACGGAUCUAGUAUAUGACAAAAUACAACAACAAAAAACAAAACAAACUGAAUCGCUGAAAAACGAGGCGUUUGUAUGUCACUGCCUAUCCAUUCUCGGUGUGUGGAUUUAAAACAAAAUUAAUUAUUUAUAUAUUAUUUGAAUAAAAUCUAGUUGAAAUAUUA